AUGGACGCAGCUCCUAAGGGAGAGCUGGAGCCUGCGGAUGCGUGGAGCGUGGACUUCGUGGUGUAUUUGGCUCGCAUUCUGCUGAACUAUGACGAGGCCUCCUCGGCAUGGUGGCAGGCCGAAGUGGUCCCCACCGUUGAGGCAACGUUGGACCGCUCGGCACCUGAGCCCUUGCGCCGGGCAAAGCGCGCAGCCAAACUUCGAGAAGUCUUUGCAGAUUACACGGCCUCAGUCGAGCUUGGCCUUCGGAGAUAUCAGGACCAAGGCCGUAGCCCCUCCAACCUCCUGCGGCGCCUGGCAGACCGCUACGGCAGCACUGAAGAGCAGAGGCGGCAACUGGCAUUGUGCUUCUGCCUCCUGGAGGAUCAACCCCGAGAACUGCUGAGUGAACUCCUCAGCUCGCUCGGCCUAGAGACCCGGCUGCAGGCCGUGUUCUCGCCCGCGCUCCCAGACUACUUGGCGAUGGACCCCACGCGGCUCCUUCCGGACACGCAGUACCCUGUUUGGAACGGAGGGUUGAAUCGCUGGGUGAUCCCGGGCCUUCAAGCGGCCCAGCCCUACACCAGUGCCUUUGACGAUACCAAAGGCGUAGAGCUGAGCAUCUUUGGAGCCCGUGGGCCUGAAGCGGUUGUCAAGGAGAGGCCGUUGACAGGCUGGGAUUAUCUGCUCUUCGCUGCUUCGGGAGCGUUUGGCUGCAGUGUGACCCACUCGCUAGUGAUCCCACUGGAUGUGGUGAAGACCCGGCUCCAGGCAGAGCCAAAGCGAUUUGAGGCUGCUGGCGACCUGGUGUCUGGUGCCAUGCUAAUCUCCCGCGAAGAGGGGGCAUCCAGUUUGUUAGCAGGCUGGGAGCCCACCUUACUCGGCUACCUCUGGUAUGGGGUCACAGUCUAUCCCGGCUACGAGUUUUUCAAGCGCGUCUAUUUAAAUGCUGUGCCCAUCGAGGACCUACGGGUGUUCCUGAUUCUUCUGGCCGGUGCCACGGCCACCGUCUUCGCCUGCAUUGGCGUUUGCCCCGCAGAGGCCUGCCGCAUCCGCAUGGUGGCGGACCCGCAGCUCAAAGGUCUUGGCUUACCCAAGGUUCUCCAGAGAAUCUCAGAGGAGGAUGGGCUCGGCACGCUUUUUGACGGUCUCAGCACUCUCUUAGUGCGUCAGGUACUGUUCGGGAUGAUGAAGUUCCUGGUCUUCGACUACUUUGCAGACUUUGUCUUUGACUUGGCGCCAUCUUUGGCAGAAAAGACAGAGACGCAGCUGCUCGUGUCCUUCAUCUCCGGGGCGGUCGCGGGCAUCACGUCCUCCAUAGUGUCUCAGCCUGCUGACACUGUCCUGACGCGAAUGAACCAGAAGCAGGGUCGGGCUUUCUUCCUGGAAACGGGACAGGAGAUCUACUCAGAGCAAGGCAUCCAGGGCUUCUUUGCGGGCCUGGGCUCUCGAAGUGUGUGGGCUGCUUGCAUUAUUAGCGGGCAGUUCUUCCUGUACGAUGUGUGCAAGUCCUUCCUUGGUGUAAAGGACCUCCGCAUGUUCCUCAAUGUGCAGGUCUGA